UUCCACUCCAUGACGGGGAUUUUGAUUGUGCAUGAAGAAAAAACAAGAGAAGGAAAGAACACCGAAAGAGAUCUUUGAGCUGUCGUUUCUGUGCAGUUAUAUACGUUGUGAAUUUUUCCGUGUGGUACUCUAAUGGAUGAGUUUGGGUUUGGGUACUCUCAUCCUCUUCCCCAUUCCUUCCCCUCAAAACCCCAUUCUUUAUCUAAAUAACUAUCUUCAACCCUUCUCUCUAUCUAUAUUCUCUGCUCUGUCUCGCUAAGAUCUCUUUGAAGAAAUAAGGAUCGAGUGAUCCGAUCACCGUGAUAUUUGAAGUGAUUUAUAUUGGAUAAGGAACGAUCUACGUGUUUGUAGGAUCUUUGCUGGUUUUAAUGUUUGUUGCCAGUUAUUGAGGGAAAUGGCAACUUUAGUGGAGCCUCCGAAUGGAAUCAGGCAACGGGGGAAGCAAUAUUACUCAAUGUGGCAAACGUUGUUCGAGGUUGAUUCCAAGUAUGUUCCGAUCAAACCCAUAGGGAGAGGAGCAUAUGGUGUAGUCUGCUCGUCCAUCAACAGGGAAACGAAUGAGAAAGUUGCAAUCAAGAAGAUCCAUAACGUGUUUGAGAACCGCAUUGAUGCAUUGAGGACACUGAGGGAGUUGAAGCUACUUAGAAAUAUCCAGCACGAGAAUGUGAUUGCUUUGAAGGAUGUUAUGAUGCCUAUCCACAGGACAAGUUUCAAGGACGUGUAUUUUGUGUACGAGCUCAUGGAUACUGAUCUUCACCAAAUUAUAAAGUCUUCACAGCCACUUUCCACUGACCAUUGCAAAUACUUUCUAUUUCAGCUGCUUAGGGGGCUCAAGUAUCUUCAUUCAGCAAACAUUCUUCACCGAGACUUGAAGCCUGGGAACCUGCUCAUCAAUGCUAACUGCGACUUAAAGAUAUGUGAUUUUGGGUUGGCCCGAACCAGCAGAGGUAAUGACCAGUUCAUGACAGAGUAUGUUGUCACUCGCUGGUAUCGUGCACCAGAGCUGCUACUGUGCUGUGACAAUUACGGAACAUCCAUUGACGUCUGGUCGGUAGGAUGUAUCUUUGCUGAGAUUCUUGGCCGAAAGCCAAUCUUUCCCGGAACUGAAUGCCUCAACCAACUAAAACUAAUUAUCAAUGUUCUUGGUAGCCAGCAUGAACCUGAUCUCGCAUUCAUUGACAAUCAGAAAGCCAGGAAGUUCAUCAAGUCACUGCCCUAUUCAAGGGGGACACAUUUCUCCCGUCUGUACCCUCAAGCCGAUCCUUUGGCUAUAGAUUUGUUGCGAAGGAUGCUUGUGUUUGAUCCAACUAAGAGAAUCACCGUCUCGGAAGCACUCCAACAUCCUUACAUGUCAGGGCUAUAUGAUCCCAGAAGCAAUCCUCUUGUUCAUGUUCCGAUCAACCUCGACAUAGAUGAGAGUUUAGGCGAACAUAUGAUUCGGGAGAUGAUGUGGAACGAGAUGCUUCACUACCAUCCAGAAGCUGCUUCUUCCGACCCUUUUACCUAGGUAAAUGUCAAAAGGCUUUAAUUCCUCAACAAUGUAAUGUUUCUUUGUGGGCAUUUGAGAAAAUAUAAGGUGUUAGUCCUGAUAUUGGUUUUACCAAGAUUUUGUUUCACGUUGUCUGUUUGGUAGUUUGAGGUCUCUGCAACGGGACAUUGCUAUCUUGUAACUCUGUAUAUAACUAUGCUUGUUUAUCCCUAGUCUGAGACUAUGGUCCUGUAUUAUCGAUCAUGUAAGGCACUUCCUUUGAGAAACUGAAGGAAUUGAAUAAAAUUGCA